UUGAGAAGAGCCUCAGCUCUUCAGAGCAGCGGCAGCCGCUGGAGGAGUUGGGCGGCUGUUGCUCCCUCUCCGCCCGGAGGAGGAGGAAGAGGAGGAAGAAGAGGCUUCGGCUGCCGCCUCUCCGAUCUCCCCCUCCCCUCCCUUCCCCUUCCGCCCCACACCUUUAUGGACGAGCGCCGGAGCUUGCUGUACUCCCCGGCCGCCUCCUCCGCCGGCCGGCAGCCGCGGGGCGGCUCGAGCAGCAGCCACCACAACCUGGGCUACAGCGAGCAGCUGCCCCCCGCCGCCCCCCAGCCGGGCCCCGAGCAGCAGGAGGAAGAGGGCGAGGAAGGGGAGGAAGGCAGCAUGACCGUGGUGGGAGGAGGCGGCGGCGGCGGCGACCCUUUGCUGGAGGAAGGGCAGCAUCCUCCUGCUGUGCUCGGGGGGGAGCGCUACGAUCAGCCCCCGGCGCCGGCCGUGCCCGCCGGGCAGCCCGCGGGCGCUGCGGAGCACGAGUGCUGCGAGCGCGUGGUCAUCAACAUCUCGGGGCUGCGCUUCGAGACCCAGCUCAAAACCCUGGCACAGUUCCCCGAGACGCUGCUGGGGGACCCCCGCAAGAGGAUGCGCUACUUCGACCCCCUCCGCAAUGAGUAUUUCUUCGACCGUAACCGGCCCAGCUUCGACGCCAUCCUCUACUACUACCAGUCGGGCGGGCGCAUCCGGCGUCCCGUCAAUGUCCCCAUCGACAUCUUCUCCGAGGAGAUCCGCUUCUACCAGCUGGGGGAGGAGGCCAUGGAGAAGUUUCGGGAGGAUGAGGGUUUCAUUCGGGAGGAGCAGCGGCCCCUUCCCGAGAAGGAGUUCCAGCGCCAGGUGUGGCUCCUCUUCGAGUACCCUGAGAGCUCUGGGCCGGCCCGAGGCAUUGCCAUUGUCUCUGUCCUGGUCAUCCUUAUCUCUAUUGUCAUCUUCUGUCUGGAGACCCUGCCCGAAUUCAGGGAUGACCAUGACUAUGAGGGAACUGGGGGGACCUUCGGGACAGGCGGUGGCCCUCUCCCACCUGAUGUCUUCACCAACUCCUCAUCCUCUGCCGCUUCCAUGGUGUCAUCCUUCACCGACCCUUUCUUUGUGGUGGAGACUUUGUGCAUCAUCUGGUUCUCCUUUGAGCUGCUGGUCCGUUUCUUUGCCUGCCCCAGCAAGGCCACCUUCUCCAAGAACAUCAUGAACAUCAUUGACAUUGUGGCCAUCAUCCCCUACUUCAUCACGCUGGGCACGGAGCUGGCUGAGCGCCAAGGCAACGGCCAGCAGGCCAUGUCCCUGGCCAUCCUCAGAGUCAUCCGCCUCGUCAGGGUCUUCCGCAUCUUCAAACUCUCCCGGCACUCCAAGGGGCUGCAGAUCCUGGGCCAGACCCUCAAGGCCAGCAUGAGGGAGCUGGGCUUGCUCAUCUUCUUCCUCUUCAUCGGCGUCAUCCUCUUCUCCAGCGCCGUUUACUUCGCGGAGGCCGAUGACCCCAGCUCGGGGUUCAGUAGCAUCCCCGAUGCCUUCUGGUGGGCCGUGGUCACCAUGACCACCGUGGGCUACGGGGACAUGCACCCCAUCACCAUUGGGGGCAAGAUCGUGGGGUCUCUGUGCGCCAUCGCGGGGGUGCUGACCAUCGCCCUCCCCGUGCCCGUCAUCGUCUCCAACUUCAAUUAUUUCUACCACCGCGAGACGGAGGGUGAGGAACAAGCCCAGUACAUGCACGUCGGGAGCUGCCAGCACCUCUCGUCCAGCGAGGAGAUGAAGAAGGCUCGCAGCAAUUCCACCCUCAGCAAGUCUGAGUACAUGGUGAUCGAGGAAGGGGGGAUCAAUCACAGUGCAUUCAAACAGGCUGCCUUUAAAGCAGGCAACUGCACAACCACAAACAAUCCCAACUGUGUGAACAUCAAAAAGAUCUUUACGGAUGUUUAAAACAAACCCAAAGCAAACGAACGGCAGCAAAACCUGAGGAUGCGGUAAAACAAUACCAAUAAUGAUACCAAUAAUAAUGCAAAGUGACUGUGUGUCGGUGUUGUGUGGAACAUGCACCAUCGUCGGUCUGUGUGUGCCCUCGUUUUUAUACCUUUAUUUUUUUAGAUCCUUCCUUUCUAAAGAUCCAAAAGUAAAAGGAUUUAAAAUUCUCUGAAGAAGAGGACAGCUAAAGGGUAAAGAGAAGGAAGAUGAAGACAAGCCACACUCACUGUCUAAACAGGUGUUUGUUCUGCAACGUGUUGCAGGGCUGCUUUGCUUUUCAGGCUUUUGGGGAACCUCUUGCUUUGCUCCCGAAUUUCCUCCUCUUUCCCUAAGGGCAGUGUGUAGCCAAUCUCCCAUCAUAUAAAAUAACUUGUUGGAUUAACAAACCCGGACUGGGUGGAGGAAUGGGGAAAACAUGAGGCAGAGCGUCCUGGGAGGGGGCUGGGAGGAAAUAACCGUUUAAUUCUGCAGAGAGUCUCUGUUACCACAUCGUUAAAUGAUGCUUAAUAUUGAAACAUGUGAUGAGCCAUUACGGGCACAUCCCAGACUCUCUUUUUCUCCCCAUUAGGUCAUUUAUGAAAUUCUAAUCUGGUCAGAGACCGACUGCAAUCAGUGCUGAUUUAAAUAGAAAAAAAAAAUUCCCUAAGCCUUCGUUUUCUAUUCUGGAUUCCCUUCCCCUGUAACCUGAUGGAAUUAUUUCCUCCAAUGUCAAGUUGGUGGCCGUGCGGCAGGGAUGUGCGCGGGAGGAGGGAGAGGAGAGGCAGACUGGAAUGUUUUCGGGAGCCGCCGGCGCAGGGAGCGAUGCCGGCGCGCAGCAGGAUCCAGCACGGGCUCCUCGCCGUGCCCGGGAGCCUCCAACCCACCCAGCCGCAGACAAAGGGAUAAUUCCUCCUCUUUUUGCAAUGCCUUUGGAAGCGCUGCAGCCGCUUAUCAGCAGAAGAUUAAAGUGGCGAACACGCCUUCCAGCGGAAGUCACUAAUUCCGACCGGAGUGAUGCAGUUGCCAUGGUGACCAUGGUUUCCUGGGAAACCCCCAAAGGUUGUCAUGGCAUCCCUUCUCCCAUCCCCCUUGGUCCUUGCUCUUCCCGCAAAAAGCCUUUCCAGAUGGUUCCAGCUCCUCCAUCCCACAAGGCAUCGUGGCUCUGCAUCCCCUCCUGCUUCCUGUCCCGCUGCUCCUCCCGUGUGCCCAGCAAAGCAUCCAAGGCAAUAACACCCCAGAUCCACCUGACCCUCCCCUUGGCACUGAAAUCUGGGGAUGAGGCUCAUCCUGCUCCACUGAGAACCACCCCAAACCGGGAAGCUUGACCGGGGACCCCGGGCAGCUUUGUGGAACAGGGGGGGCAGUAAAAAACAGGAUUGAAAAAAAUAACCAAAAACCGGGAAAAAUCACCGGCUUCAUCUUCACGUGUGCGCCAGGGGCCCUGGGACAUCUGACGGGAUCAGAUCACAGAAGAAGUUUUGUAAUUAAGACCUUGAGGACUGUGUUGAGAAAUCAAACACCUCCAAGGAAAGGACAAACAUCCUGAACAUCCCCGACACGGUGACCGACGCUGCCGUGGACUCGAGUGGCAGAGGGCCUGUCCUCCCCAUCCACACCCAGCCCAUAUUUCAUAUAUAUGUAUUUAUAUAUGGAAUAUUUCCCACCUUAUCUGUGUUUUCUAACAAGUGCAUUAUGUAGAAGGGAACAUCUUUGGAGCCAGAUUAUCUUCAAUUCAUGUGCAAUAUAACGAGACUGAGCAAAGCCAGGAGAAAGGAGGAGGAGAGGUGGAAGUCACUUGGACAUUAUUUCAGUCUUUUUUUAAUAUUAUUUUUUAAAAAAAUCGCUUGAAAAUGAAGCAACCAGAAAGGAAAUGUUCAGCAGAGCUGCUAAAACUCAGUGCAAGAGUUUUGCUUGGGGUGGGAGGGAGUGGGGGGAAAUUCGGUUGCAGUCGCUGUUCCCUGGCGAAGGCCACGGGCUGUUCUCAGCUCCUUGGGAAUCAUUCCUGCUCCAUUUUUCUCACUUUCCUGGAAAUGCCCUUUAGAAGUAGCUCUGUGCUGUACCAAAGGCUGUGAUUUACUUCAAGUCCUUAUUUAGAAAGAAACAUCUCUGCUGGUGCUGAGGAAAAGGGUGUUGAGCAGUUGUGCCUUGCCAUCAGGAUCACUCCACAAAAAAACUAAGAAAAAAAAUUGAGUUUCCAGGGUAGAAAAUGUCUGAAAUCCCAAUUCUUUGCUGACCAUGCUCCUGUUUUGUUUCAUGAGAGCCUCUCUGCCCUUGUCUGGACUCCCAGAAAACUCCAGUUUUGUGGGAAUAUUACAGCAUUGCCUUGCUAAUUCUGUAACAAUCGGGAAUUCCAUCCCUCCUUUGCCCGUUGCUGUUUCAUUUUGCACAUUGAGGUUUUUGGUGGCGGGUUUAGAGCUGUGGAUUGCCCAUGCUGGGCUGGGAAGCUCUUAAAGCUGGGCUUCUAUAACCUCACUGUGUUUCCUAGGAUUGCACGGAUCAAUAUUGCCCUGGUGCCACGAGAUAAACGAUGUGCAAAGGGAAAAAUUAUGUGCAAAGGGAAAAAUUAUGUGCAAAAGGAUAAAUGCAAAUGGCAGAGGGGUUGAUGGUCUCUUCUGCUCCCCCUUUUCCUCCUCCCCAGCUUCAUCCACCUGCUCAUGCUGCCUCCAUCCCAGCUUGGAGACUGAAACUCUCCCAGCACUGUCUUGGAGCAGAGUGAAACUUGGAACAGAGUUGGAUUUAAGGGUGAAAAUAAUGUUGGAGGGGCUCAGAUGAGCACAGGAACAUCUUUGUCUGCAUUGCAAUAAUCCCCUGGGAAUGUUAAUGUGGACUGGACAGAACCAAGUGAGCUGGAGCUUCUUCUGAAGCAGAACUGCUCAAGGGGAGGGAACAGGAACCCAAAUCAUUGUGUGUGAGGCAGAUCCCUGAGCUGAGGCUGCUGAUUGUCUUUGCUGUCCAAGGACAAACCUUGAGGUCCCCACCAGGUACCUGGAAGGUGGAGCAAGGACCACUCCUCCAGAGGGGAGCACCAAACCCUGGAUCCUUCCCCCAGGGGAGCUGUUCACCUGCAUUUCACAGGAGACACACGUGGGAUACCUGCAGGCACAGCCCCAGUGAGGCUGCACUGGAACAGCCCCUGGAAGGAAGGCUUGGAAAUGGAAAAACUCGGGAAUGUUCAAGGCAAAGCAGCAACUGCCUGCACCACGUUUCUGUCUUGCAGAAGAGCUUUGAGGAUGAAGGAGAACACUGCACACGAAUGUCAGCUGAAAUUCAGGUUGAGAAAUUCCCUUAACGCUGGGAAAUGAGGUGAUCCUUACACGGAAUGCGUCAGCUUUGGUGAGGUCACGUUUAUUUUGUUUGUUUUUUAAACACAGAAAAUUUCUUGGCUGGAAUUCCUCCUGCAGGUGCUCCACUGGUGGUGGAGACUUUGUUCAUGGCAGAAGGGCUUAGGGGCCCAAACACAGAGGUCUCCAGGGCUCUGCACAGGUGCAGGUUGGGCUGAGAGGGCAAAAAGAAGCAAAAGUGUUAAACACAGCAGUUUUAGUCAAUGUAAUCAGUUGGAGAAUGAAAAGCAAAUAUGGAUUUGGCUCUCAGUAGGACACUGCUCCUCUUGCAUUUAUUCCCAGCAUGGAAUAAACCCUGUGACCACUGAAGCUGUGGGUAAAUGGAGGAGAAAGGGCUGGUGCUGCUGGCACCUGGGUUUGGCACGGCUGUAACAGCACGAGGGGCAGAGGGAGGUUGGGAUCGGGACCAGGAUUGCUGGAGGAGCACAUGGAGCACAUGGAGCAGAUCCCUGAGAUGAGCAGGGGCUGCCCAGGCUCGCCAGGGAACCGCGGCGGUGAAACAACCCGCGCUGGGAAAGUGCCUGAACAAAUCACAGCUCAUUAGAGCAGCGAAAUUCGGUUUGGUCGUGCCCUGCCCGUGCUGGGGGUGGGGAGAGGGAGCCUCUCCAUGGGAUCCUCCAGCAAAUUGCUCCUCCAGCAAGCCCCUGCAGCUGUGGCAGCUCCGGGGACUGUGCCGUGUCCCUGCUCUGUCCCUGCACAGAGGAGCUGUCCCCUGCCUGCCUCACCCCAGCACUGAAUUAUUGCUCGGGCCAUAAAACCUUACGGGAGCCCUCGGGAAGGAGCAGAAGUGCCCGGUGUUUGGGGCGAGGCUGAGCCGUCUCCAUCGCAGGGAAUUCCCCCUUGCUCCUCCCCAUUGCCGUGGAGGGAGCUGCGGGCAGGCUGGGGAGAUGGAGCUGCCUUUUUUUGGGACACCUCCCCUCCCAAACCACUAAGGAGCUGCAGAACGCAUUUGUUUGCAGCCUCCCUGCAGGGUGGCAGGUUCUCCGUGUGCUCCUGAGCCUGCAAAGGAGGCUGAACAAAGCUCUGAAAUCAGGAGAGACUGACCCCAAAGCCACUUCUCCACCGUGCUGAUGGGUUUGGGCUGCAAACAGCCAAAGCUCCCGUGAAAAGAGGGGGGCUCCAGGCUGCCCGCACAGCUAAGGGCACGUUAAUGGGAGGAGAAUUGAUUUUCUGGAUUGCAGCACAGACCUGGAUCUUGGGAAGCCCUGGUCCCAAAGGUGUUAUAUUUAGUUUCUUUUGGAACAUGAUCUAGUAGCCCUUAAAAUGGGGAAUAGAAUGUAUCAGUACUAAAGUUAUUUUUAUUUUUCACCGGUGUUACAGAGAGCUUUUUUAUGGUUGUGUGUGUGUGUGUCUGUAACAUAAUUAAUUAUACCUCGUCUGUUUUCAGUAGCCACUUGUUACAGCAUCUCUGUUAGGGCUCAAAACUGCAUUUUGACUAUUAAAUGAUGGGAAAAACCUUCCACCUUCACCUGGCUGGGUUGGUGGGUCCCCCCCACCCCCAGCCAUCUCACACUGAUGACAAUCUUGCCAAAUCCACCUCUCCUCGGUGUUGUGCACUCUGGCGCUGACCACGUCGCUCCGUGCUCUUGAGUUCCUCGUGCUUGCUCGCUGAGCCAGCUGGGUGUUUAUGUGCUUUUCCACAAGAACUGAGAUUUUGGUAGUCUUUACCUGUCAGUCCAGUGUAUUAACGUGUGUUGGCACCACUCUGAGCCCAGCCUGGUGCAUGUUGCAGAUCAGCAUCGUGCUGGGACAGCCAUGGCUGCAUUUGGCAAAGGAAGACAAAUUAAAAAUGUAUCCAGUCGAUUAAAAAAAAAACAAAAAAAAGGAGCGAUUUAAUGAUGGCUGACAUCAAGAGAAGAUCCAAAAAAUAGCGUGCUUUGAUUCCCAUAAUCAUCCCAAGGCAGGCUGCUCAUCUUUAUUCAUAGCCCUUCAAAGCCCUGCUCCGAGACGCUGGAGCAGCUCGGAGCUGUCGUGCUCAGACUGAGCUCUUUAGAGGCUGAACACGAACCAACCCUUCCCCUUUUAAUUUUAGGGUGCAAUUAAAGUGAUGAGAGCUCUGCUGUUGGCUCUGUGCUGGUGGAGGGGCAGGAAAAGCGGAUCUGGGGAGCCAGGCUGGUGUGGGGUCACGUAAAGCCGCUGCUUUUAAUGCCGUGGUUUAAGCUGGUUUAAGAAGGCAGCAAAAUUAGAAAGGAAAAGAUCUCCAAAAGUGUUCCAGGGCACUAACGAAGGCUCAGGGGACACGGCACAGGGACAGGGUUUAGCAGUGAGCCUGGAAUGGGCUGUCAGAGGCACUGAGGGAAUGCUGGGAGGAUGCUCUGGAUCUGGAUUUGGGGAAUUGUCAGGAUUUGGGGAGGCCCUGGCACAUCCCAGAGCAGCUGUGGCUGCCCCUGGAUCCCUGGAAGUGUCCAAGGCCAGGCUGGAUGGAGCUUGGGAUGGUCCCUGUCUGUGAAACAGGAUGAGCUGUCCCUUCCAACCCAAACCACUCUGGGAUUCUAUUAAUUGGUGAUUCUGUGAUUCCUGCAGUCCCAUCCCAGCCUCCAGCCUCUUUCCACAGGUGAACCCUGCAGGACUGACAUCUCAGACAGCAGCCUCGAGCGUGCUGCAGGCUUCAUUACCUCACACACUCGGGUGUUCUCUGAGCCAGGUGUUCAAAUGCUGUUAUUGCUACUGAAUCCCUUUAAAAUUAAGGAAUUUCUGAGAUCGAUUUUUUCUUCCCUGAGUGCUCCCCACUCUCCUGCACUGCACAAAUCCAGAUGGAAGUCUGUCUUUCAACCUGAGAUUAAAGCCAAAGCAGCUCUGGGUGAAUUAACUUACACAUUCUAAUCCCCAUAUUUUCCACCAGUCUCUGAUACAGGUAAAUUAUGUUUCUUUUUCUCAUUUUUCCUGCCUUGUCCACAAUGAUGUGAUCAGUGCCCCUGUAAAGGGAAUGGUCUGAGAUGGCUCUGACUGGUGUGGUCUGUAACAUCUCUGACCAUUGCAAGGCCAGCCACUGCUGCUGGGUAUUAAAUGCAUCCUUGCCAUUCCAGAGGAUGAUUUCAGAGCAGGACAAUUUGCCUGGCAACACACAAGUCAUGGAUAGAACUGGAAUAGUGAAUCAAAAGGUGUUAAGUGGAAAUGUAGUCAGGAAGUGCCUGAAAUAUUGGGAUUUUAAGGAAAAGCUUUGUUGGCUGCCAUGUCCCUUGUAGUGCACUGAAAUGAGACUUGGUUAUCCCAAGUGCAGGAAAAUCACCCAGUGCUGGAGGUCAGGGAUUCCAUGGCUGAAUUUGGCACCUUGCAAGGAGAACAGGCUCUUAAUUCAUCCCCUGAAAUCCCAAAAUGUGGCAAAAGGGAGGCUUUGCAUCAUCCUCCAGCACAGGAGCAGCUCAUGCUUCUUAAUUUCCCAUCCUUUGCUAUGCAGCUGAUUUUCAUGGAAUCUUCCCAGGGUGGAGAUGACUGGAUAUAGUUUUCACUUUGCUUUCCUUCUUUCACAUGUGAGUAAUGCAGAAAUGUUUCCAUGGCUGUCUCACCUGGGACAUGCACUGGGUCUGUGAACAGUGAAAUUCUGGGAAAUUCUGUGUAUCCAACUGGAAAUCUGAACUCGUCUCUAAAUCCUGACUAAUCAGAUGCCACAGGAGCGCUGCAAUCUUGGACUGGAGAUGUUAAAUGCAGUCUUGUUACUCUCAGUUCAUUUUAAAUUCUGGUUUUGCCAGUGAGCUGUGUUGCAACUGUUUCAAACUUGGUUUUUUUUAUACCAGUCUGAUGCUAAAACCAGCUGCUGCACCACCUCGUCCUGGUGACUCCACCAUGGUGUGGGCCUUGUGUUCAAUUCCUGGUUAAAAAAAGUGAUUUUUUUUUUAGUUGUGUGGGUUUUUUUAACCUGAUGUUGAAUUUAUUUUUAAUUUUUUUUUUCUCAUUAGAACUUGAAACUGUUCUUUCAUAUGCAAAGUUCAAUAAAACAGCUGAACCGUG